UUACUGUUUCCGCUGGGAAAGCCGAUUUGCUUAGGCUACCGUGAUAUUUACCCCUCUUACCUAAAUCUAACAAAGACUACGAACCAGAUGCAGAGUAUGGCGGAUCAUGACUGAAAAAUACGUGGGCAACUUUAUGAGGGAGUGCGGACGUGAGCGGGAGAGCAACAGUAGUAGGUGGCGGUAAUGCGCUGGUUGCCACCAGGUUGCCACCCGCCGUACAAACAAGAAGAAGAAGCAACAAACCGAGAUAGUUAAUAAACGUUCAGUUGUUGUUAAAAUGAGUUCAGGUUCAACUUGUGCCGUUGUUGGUUGCUACAACAAUUCAAGGAAAUUGAAGGUUUUUUCACAAACGUUGUGUUUACAACACCAGAAACUUCGACAAGAUUGUCCGUGCCCCAUGCCGUACUCUUUGCAUUCAAUGCCGAAGAAGGAGGCGCGGAGACGGUCGUGGCUUGCAGCUUUGAGAUUAAAAUACCCUCCCAAAAGAGUGUAUGUUGCUCUUAUCACUUUGUCGAGAAGAGGCCCACAGAACUGCACCCCGACCCGGAGCUGUACCUGGGCGACGACCUACCUCCCCCGAAGAGGAGGCGAAAGGUAAUGUUAGACCGUGCGAGAGCGACCCAGACUGCUAAAUCCACAGGCAACUUUAAGUAUCAUGACUUCUCGGUGGGCUCUUCAACUGUCUCAAGCUCUGCACAUCCCACUGAACUGCAAAGCCGCUCAGUCCACACACAGUGGGAGGACCCUUCACGGAAUGAUCAUAAUUAUUGCAGGCCGGCCAUCGGUAAAGAUGUGCAGGAUAAGGCAACUCAGUGUGAUGGGAUUGGGUACUUCAUGCUUCAAAACGACUCAGAUGCUUUGCUGUACACUGGGCUAACCCGAGAUGUAUUUAACAUCCUUGUGUCAACGUUGGAAGGAUACGCUAGCAAUGUAUUUACGAUGUCGGUGCGGGAUCAAGUUCUCUUGACGCUGGUGAAACUAAAGACCAACCGUAUGAUAGGUGAUCUGAGCAGACAGUUUUGUGUAUCACAGAGCAUGACUAGCAAAAUAAUCUCAUACUGGAUUGACAAACUGGAGGAAGUUUUGCAACCUCUGAUUCCGUGGCUUCCUAAAGAAACUAUUGAGGCAACCAUGCCUGAAGCAUUUAAGAAGCACUUUCCCAAUACAACAUGUAUCAUAGACUGCAGUGAGAUCCUUUUACAAAAACCUGAUUCUACAGGGGAAUCACGCAACCAUGAUUGUACAUAUAACACAGUGAAAUACCUGGUAGCUGUUGCCCCAUGUGGACUAAUCAUGUUUGUCUCUGGAGCAUAUGGAGGGCGAUGCAGUGACCAAUUCAUAACCAUGGUCUCUGGAAUAUUAGACUACAUAAAGCCUGGAGAUGAGGUCAUGGCAGAUCGAGGCUUUACCAUAAAAGACUUGCUGUUUGAGAGAAAGAUUCAAUUUGUAGUGCCCUCUUUCAAAAGACAAGAAGGACAGACACAUGAGGAAUAUGCGGCAUGUAGUAAAGAAAUGGCACACGUGAGGAUUCAUGUUGAAAAGGCACUCGGACGUUUGAAAGUUUACAAAAUGUUGACAGAGGUUGUUUCUACUGCCUUGGCUCCAAAGAUGAACAAGAUUCUGAGAAUAUGUGCUGCUCUUGUCAAUUUAGGGGAGGAUGUCACUCGUGGUUCAAACUAACUCAGCAUUUGAGAACCUCAAGAACCCUCAGGACUGUCAAAAGAAAUGGUGCAGUACUGAAAUGAAAAUCUAUAAUGGUGGAAAAAUGAUGGGAACAAAACAUGCUGGAAGUUAUAUUCAUUAUGUGAACAUUCUUUGUAUGUUUGUUCUGUUGUACAGAAUGUGAUUACUUCCGUACACCACAGCUUACCCAGGACCAAAUAAAGAUAUUGAUUUCAGUCCUUUUUGUGGUUGUUCUGGUGCAUGUGGUUUAGUGCCACUGCUGUAAAUGGUUAUAUUCUAUAGUUAUUAUAUUUUUUGUUCCAUCUUAUUGUUGAUACAUUUGUGGAGUUUUUUCUUAUCCCUUUCUUUCGUUUUAUACAUUUUAUACAGCCAUCUGCAUGGUCAUAUUUUUCAUUUGUCACCUGUUAAUUCAUUUCUUCUAUUCAUUUCAUAGAUGUUUGCAAUUGUCAGGUGUUAUACAACAACGGUCCUUGUCACGUUACAUCUUACAAUGAAUUUGUUUAAACUCUCAAGAACUUGUUUUGGAAGGUGGAGACCAAUAUGUAACGACUUUUAACAUGUCAGGAGCUUUUUAAAGGUGCCAUGCUGGUAUGUGAAUGUUUUGUACUUUUUAUUUGGAGUAAAUUAUACUGUAGCAACCGUGUUGCAUAUCCUUUCGUUGUUAAAACAGAAAGUUAACAGCUGUAAAAGCAUGUUUUUGCAUAAAUUUGAAAUAAAGCUGAUUUACAUAGCGUGAAGGUA